AUGGCUGAUCAAACUGCUACAGAUCACCAACGAGUUAUGCAACAUCAUCAACAGCAACUACAACACCAGCAAACUCGAGAUUCCCUUUCUUCCUCACCGUCACGGCAUUCCUCGACUGAGUCAAUACUUGAAAACCCUGACGCUCAGGUCCUUCCACCUCCAAAUCCAAACCCAGUCCUUCAUCCCCGCUCAGUCUAUCUACGGGACCAUGUUUCCAUUGCAACUGUGCACCCGGUUAUGCACGCCUCACAGAUUCCGGCCUCGCUGAUAGCCUUCCUCUGGACCGAGCUCAAUAACGAAAUUGAGCGAGGUGACACCUAUCCCAUAGAAGAGCCGAUGUCGUUAGAGAAAUUCACCCGCUUUUGGUUCGGUACUUUCGGUGCUGUCAUGUUGCUCGGUGGGAAAGAGGAGCAAACGGAUCUUUCGGUAGAGCGAGAUUGGAGCACACAGUGCCUUGGGACUUUUUACGUGAAGCCCAAUUAUCCUGGUGAGACUACGGAACUAUCUAUUAAUGGAGAAGUCAGAAAUACUGAUCCUCACCAAGGCCGCAGUUCACACAUCUGCAGUGCAGGGUUUCUAACAACAUUCGCAUCCCGAGGGAAAGGCUGUGGUAAGCAUCUUGGAGAGGCUUAUCUCGAUUAUGCUCCGAAGCUUGUGAGCAAAAUCUGGACCCGAACCGACCACUCGAGAAUCAAGCUUACUUUUUAUCUAGGGAUACACCUACUCAAUUUUCAAUCUCGUUUACGAGACCAACAUCGCAUCCUGCAAAAUUUGGGACAGUUUGGGGUUUAAACGUAUUGGAAAGGUGAAGGGAGCCGGCCGUCUUAGUUCAUCGAACUACCUGGUUGAUGCCAUUAUCUUUGGACGAGAUCUUAACGACGAUGAGGACUAUGUCUCCGAUGAACGUUUCGACAAGAUCAGGUUCUACCUUGAAAAGGGCAAAUAUCCACCCACGGCAGACCGUUCCGAAAAGUCUCGACUUCGAUCUGCGGCAACCCAUUACAAACUCGAAAAUGGUAAACUGAUGCUCAAGGAUAAAGAAGUGGUAUCCGACGGCCAAAUGCAGUACGAGAUUGCGAGGUCAAUUCACUGCCAGUCUCAUGGUGGCAUCAACAAGACUACUGCUAGUAUCGCGGAGAAGUUUCAUUGGGUUCGGAUUAAGGAAACGGUUUCUCAGGUCAUUCGUAACUGUGCCGAAUGCAAGGAACAUGCAAAGGCUCCUGUGGUCAAAGGAGAUCGGUUCAAUGGCUCCCCAGUCAAUUCUACUCCACCACAGCCCCAGCAACAGCAGCAACAGCAACCCCAGCAGCCGGGGCAGCAGCGCCCGCGCCAGCAGCAGCAAGAGCAGCAGCAAUUACCACUUUCACUCACACUACCGCAACAGCAACUCCAACAGCCCCAAUUGCAGAUCCCACCAAACACCCAGGCAUUGCUCAUCCAGCGCCAGCAGCAGCAACAGGCAGCAGCAGUCCGCGCCGCCGCCGCCGUCGCCGCCGCGCAGAUGGACAUUCCCGUCGACCCCGCAAUGAUGGAAGAUGUCCAGCAUACACACCACAUUCCCCAGCAAUUCGCCCCGGUUGCAAACAUGCGCAUGGACGCCGCCCCUCCUCCCUCCCACGGCCCCGACAACACAGCCACUGCCGCGGUCACCGUCAACGUCAACCAGACCAUGGGCGGUACAUCCGCCCAGGCUUCCCAUCAACAGCGUGUCGCCGCGGUAGCCGCUGCGAGAGCUGCCCUCGGUGAAGGUGAUGUGUUGACGGAGGAGGAUAGGACCAUGCGUGACCAGCACCUGAUGGAUAGGCUCAUGGCUGAAAUGAAGAGGGAACCUGCCCAGGAUAUGACUGUUCCAUUCCAAGAAGCUGUCGGUGUUGGAGUCGAGGACGAUGACACCGCAGUUGCUAGACAGCUCAGAGAAGAUAUGGAAAUCGAGCGGUAAGGCAGAUUCUACGGAACUAUUGAUCGCCUUUUUUUCAUCACUUCCCUCUGCUAUUAUUUCGUUACCAUCACCGGCGCUACAAAUACUGCUUUUUAAACACUCUCUUUGCUUUUUUAUUGUUUUUAUUAUGACGUAUGCAUUGGGAACCAAUCCUAUUGGGCUGAAGGAAAGGCUAUAUUAUCGUUUCCAUCGGCGCUCUUCACGGUGGCGGAGAGAAAAACUAAAAUAGUAUGUUGGAGAAAAUUUAGAAGCAGUGUUUGCUUUCAUCCUUACCUUCCCUUCUCUCUCCUUCCCCUUCUCACCCCCUUCCAAUUCCCCAUCCCCUUUCUCCAACAUUCUUUAAAGGAAACAAUAGGAUGAUUUGACUGGAUUGGAUGCGAAACCCCUCCGGAGUGUGCCCUUAUUAUAUCUCCACUUGCUUAGUUACUCAUUGCUUUUGCUAUCCAUUGGGCUGGUUGGCGGUUAAGUUAAUUUCGGUUCUAUCUUCUCUUAUUGGUUACGGUUUUUAUUGAUAGCGGGUGUUAUCGUGCACUGUACACUACAUACCGCUUCUUCUUUUCCAAGGACGAUAUUAUGGUUAGGUUGAAUAACUGGAUGGAUGGAUGGAUGGAUGGGGGAGGUACAGUAUGACACGGUAGCAUGUUAUUUAUGUUAGGCUAGUUUAUGGGGCUGAAUUGAUGAUAUGAUGUGCGAUUUAACAAUCGGGUCAUAUGAGGUCUGGGUCAUUGUUUAUCACUCACAGGGUCGGCGCGGCAGAUGGACGGGUAAUGUUUAAUUUGGCGGGAUUGGGAUGGUACGAUAUAUACCGCAUCAUGAUAAGUUUGUCCGGGGCGGUAUCCACCGACGGACGGUGCGAGGGGCCGUUGUGUUAUGUUACUCCACUCUACUCAUACCGGUACAAUAUCGUAUGUAUAUAGUAUUCCUGCCCCGUUAUUCCCGAGCGGGACACUUGCUUCCAUCCACAUACCCAAGUUAACAAGUAAGACCCCUCGAUUCAAAGUGGAUAUACUUGAUCAUUAUGGCAUGGUAGGCUACAAGUUAUACCUUAGUAUGAUACCGUACCGGUAGAACCGAUCGUUGACGUGGGUGUCCCUAUGCUUGCAAAUACCGCCAGCAUACUCGAGUACGGCAUCUGUCGUGUGGGUCCUUUACGAGUACGCCUUGACUGUAGUCAAGUGGCUGACGUGACGCGGUGCGCUGGGCUAAGGUGGGCACUUGGUCGAGUAUUGUGACUGUGGUGAACGGGUUAAGUUGAUAGACUACCGUGCUGUGCCAUGCAGGUUCCCCGAGAUAUUGAUCUGGUCGAGUAUUAUUGAUGGAACGCACCGAGUGUAACGCCGGUCCAUACGUUCGGAUAAAAGUAGUGGUAUCAGAAAGUAGGGUUGGAAAGGUGAAAAGAUGGAGAUAAAAAGUUUUUUUUUUUAAAAAAAAAACACACAAGUUGAAUAAUCCCACCUCCCCGCUCCAUGCCUGUCUUCUGCUCCUAAGGGUGCUACUUUUUCCUCCCACUAGAGGCAACCUUAGCCUCCGCUGCAGCCUUCCUUUCCUCCAACUCUGCCUUCCUCUGCUUCGCCUUCUCCUCUCUCUCCUUCCUGAUAACCGCCAGCCUGGCAAGGUCGGCCCUCGCCUGAUCAGUCUUGCCAGCCUCCUGCAAUUUCCAAAACCUCUCCUUAGCAGCAGCGGCCUCUAUCGCUUCUCGCUCCCUCCUCGUCAGCCCCCCAGCUCCUCCGCCUCCGCCUCCAGCAUCGGAGCUACCAGGAGCGUUGGGAUUCGCCGUCGCGAUAACACUCUCCUUAGCUUUCUUGGUAGAGGCAGCCCCCACCCUGCCUUCUUCUUCAUCAUCAUCCUCCUCGUCUCCGGAAGAGGGGAGGGAGGAUGGACCGGCGGUAGCGGUGGAUUUGGCACGAGCGGCUUCCUUACGGGCUUGCUUCGCCGCGCGCCGUUCCUCACGGGUUAUUCCUGGCUCGUUGGCGUCUUCCUCGUCUUCCUCCUCCUCUUCGUCCCCAGAAGAAGGGAUUUCAGGUUUUGGGUCCCGAGCCUCCUGUUAUUUUGUUAGAGUUGAGUUGAGUAGAGCAUAGUAGAAUAGAAUAGAUGUAAAGAGAGGGGGUGAGGAACAUACACCCCACAUUCCCUCCGGAAUACUAUCACCAUCGUCAUUAUCUAAGGGCACUAGAUUUCUGGAAAACUUCUUGCCACCUAAAGGAAAGUAUCACACCAUCAGCACAAACAAACGAUAAGUAAGAUGAUAUCAAAGGAAGGAAGGGGAAACAAACCACCACGUUGAGGCUUCCCAUACUUUCCACCUCUACCCCUCGAUGCCAUCACAGUACUAUAAAAUCCUUAUCCACAACAAUCGAUACCCGGAGAACGAAAGAACGAAAGGACGAAAGCGUGUGCGCUACGGUAGGUAGGUACGAUAUCGUAGAUGGGUCAGUUCUCCGGUCUCGUUAUGUGGAGUUUAAAAGGUCGAGGUGUGAUGCCGGUGGAUGGACCAGAUAUCAGACAGAUAGACUAUGAUAAAUAAGUAAGCAAGGUAUGAUAAUUAUGAUAUACGGUAUCAUAGGCACAAUAAGGCUAGGGAGUAAAAGAAAGAAAGGAAAAGAAAAGCUAGACUAAUCGGUACAAAGCUAUUAUAGUACAGUAAGCAAGUUUGAUAUUAUCAUAAGCAAAAACCCGAGAAGGAAAAUGGAAAAGCGGAGGAGGGGUAAACCCCACACACACACAUGGUACCGAUGCCCAACUUUCCCCUGAUAAACAGAGAGACAAGGUUAUUAUACCGUAUGAUAUGAUACAUGCCCUACUAUACCGUACGAGUACUUUACCGCCAAGAAGGAAGG